AUGACCAUCAUUACACAUUACAGACGAAACCGGAGGGAUAUUCUGAAGACACAAGAAACCCUAUUACAUGAAGACUCGUCCAGUGAAGUAGCGGGGGACACCAACAGCAGAGACCCUGUUGCAAACCAACUACCUAAUCACCUUCGCGACGAGUCUGAUAGUGAACUAACAUCAGCUAUAUCUCCCAUUAUCAGCAGAGUCAGUGGUCGUGUCAUCCGCGUACCCCUGCGUUACUGAGAAUGAUUUCAUUGUUCAGAACGACAUUGAACACUGAACAUUUUAUUUGCAAACUGAAGACACAUUUCUAACAUUUAGUUUUCCUUGUUAUAGGACUGGCUCACAGUCUUUGCUAUAUUUGUCAUUCAGUUAAGGGCUACAGGGAAAGAUGUACUGUUAUGCAUAGUCUGGGUACCCCUGUGAUAUUCGGGGGCACACGGGCAGUUGCCAUCUUGAUCUUAUGAUUGGGUUCAGUUUGUGUCUUAACAAUUUUUUUGUGCUUUUAUCAUGUAACAUGUUCGAAACUUCUUUCACAGGAAAAUUGUACUCAGCAAGGUUUUAACAGCGGCAACAACAGCGGCAACAGCAAGUAUGCUAGAGCUCGUAUUGGUAUUGUUGGACACGAAUCCCGAUGCGGAGCACGGAAUCCGUUCAAGUCCAGAAUCGGUUUUGGAGCCUCAGGAAAUUGGUAUGAAAUGAAAAACGAUAAUUCGUGCGGAAACGAAUAUGAAGACAAAGAGUCAAUAGUGGCUUUUGGCUACAUCUUUGUUCAAUAG